AACCGAGAUCAAAUAAUGUAUGCAGUUCGGAUUCUGUCUUUUGAAAUAUUCUUAUUCUUAUCAGGUGAAUGAAAUAAGUUGUAUUGAGGCACUUCACAAAGACUUAUGCAUUAAACUUGGCAAAACGGACUAUAUUGAACCCCUAUUGAAAGGCCUACAUGACUUGUGCUCAGACGGCAAUCUCUUCAGCGGUAUUGCUGUAUAGUGUGUUCACAGAAUAAAACUUCUAACUUCUCGCCAACUUCAUUAUUACUGGCAAAUUCAUUGACAGCCUGAUCGCUAGCUGUAUAUACGGUGCAUACAGAAUGGAAUCUAACAUCGACGAAUUGCCCCUUAUCAUGGGCAACCAUGUGCACAAAGGCAUCCGGUAUCCCAACUCCGUUCUCCCGUCAACUAUUGAUGCUAUGGAAACAUUCGAAGUUCGCCCCGAUGACAUCUUCGUCAACACUUAUCCGAAAUCAGGUACCCAUUGGAUAAUGGAGAUCAUCGGGCUCAUUCUCGCCGAUGGCUACCCGGACAAAAUCGACCGGACCCUUUGGUCAUCUUGUAUUGAGAUGAUCAAUAUUGGUAUCAACAAGCUACCUAAGACGAGAGCAGAAGAGUUGACCAACCCGAUCAACAUGACGCCAUUUCUGGACGUGGUGGUGAAGGCGCCUUCCCCGCGAGUGAUACAAACUCAUCUGCGCUUUAAGCUGUUGCCAACGAAUCUCCUGAAACGCGCCAAGGUGGUAUAUCUGGCACGGAAUCCGAAAGAUGUGGUCAACUCUUAUUUCAAUUUCAUAGGAAACACACGGGCUUUUGAUAACGCUCCAUAUGAUAAAGUCGCCGAGGCCUUUAUGGAAGAACAAAAUUUCAGAUGGGGUUCUUGGUUUGAUCAUGUGAUGGCCGCGUGGAAGCUCCGAGAUGAAGAGAAUAUUCUUUUCAUGUUCUACGAAGACAUGCAAAAGGAACCAGUGAAAUCCAUUGAGCAAGUAGCCAAAUUUCUUGGACGCCCACUCUCAGAAGAAACAUUACAGCGCGUACUGGAACACAGUUCUUUCAAAGGGAUGUCACAAACGUAUAGAAAAGCAGCAGAAGAGGCGGCGAAGAGCGGAGGGAUCGACUUCACAGCUCCGAGCUUUCUGAAAAAGGGUACGAGUGGUCAAUGGAAGAGCCGAUUUACGGUGACUUUAAACGAAACCUUCGACAGAUGGUACCAGAAAAAGGUGAAAGGAGCCGACAUCAAAUUCGACUUCGAAUAAAGGGAACAAAUUUCCAUCUUAUGAAUAUUAAUAUAUAUUUUUGUAAUGUAUCGAUUGGAUAUAAAUAAAUGAAAGUAGCACAAGUACAUGUAUGUUUUCAUUACUCUCCGAAGUUGCCCAAGCUUGCCUAAAUCACACUGGUAGAUGGUAGAACAAUGUAUCAAAAUGUAAGUGUAAGUUUUGUUGGAUUCUGUGACCAAAUACGUUGGACCUGUCCCAAACUUACAUUACUAAGAACCAAAUAUAAAAACAAUUCUCUAUUUGUAAAAAAAGGUAGAUUAUGUGCUAUUUUUACUUUCCAUUGAAUUUGUCUGUACAAAAUACAAGUAUGUGGCAUUGGAGAAGGGCAGAGAAUAUUUCAUAGAGAACAAUGCAAUGACAAUAUUAAAAUCACUGUUUUUCACUUUUCACAUUUGACCGAAUGAGUUUAUGUAC